UCGGUUCUGGUCCGAGUGCACAAUUCCUGGAAACUCGAGGCAGUUCCACGGUUGGAGAGAGUGUCGGAGGACAGUCCGAUACCCUCACGAUCACCGGCUGCCCCCAUGGGGAACCGUCAGCACGCGGGGAACACCCUGAAGAUCAGCACUUUAAGUUACCCUCGAGUCGUCAAGGGAUCGAUAUCUCUUCCUUUCCUCAUCGCUCUUUCCUUGAUCAUCCUAUCAACAAGAUGGCCGGCGGCACGAGUAUCUGGGCGAGCCGAGAGGCCAAAACCGAUCCCAAGGAGAUCUUCAAUCUGCGGCUAUUGUACUUGGGUCUGACGCUGGCCUGGGCUGGCUGUUUCUAUGGCUUCGAUACCGGCAACAUUGGCGGCAUCCUUACCCUUCCGUCCUUUGAACACGCAUUCGGCCUGAUCGAUAUCCCUCAGGCUGACAUCGACAACCGCAAGGGCACCAUUGCGGCCAUGGUUGCUGCUGGAGGAUCUGCGGGCUCGCUGCUCGCCGCGCCCACCUCGGACUAUCUGGGCAGGAAAUGGUCCGUGUUCCUCUGGGGGCUGGUCUUUAUGCUCGGGGCCGCCCUGCAAAUGAUCCCCAACUACAGCACUCUCCUCGCCGGGCGUUUUAUCGGUGGCCUCGGGGUCGGUGCCAGCUCCAUGCUGAGUCCUCAGUUCCUGGCCGAAAACUCGCCCAAGUCGAUUCGUGGAUCCAUGACCGCGUCCUACAACUUGAUGAUUGUCACGUCCCUGAUGCUCGCCUUUUGGGUCAACUACGGUGUCUCACUGUGGUCGAAGCCGGGAAUCGAGCACGACAACUCGCAAUGGCAGACUGCCAUGAGCAUCCAGCUGAUUCCUGGUGGUUUGCUCGUUCUGAUGAUUCCCUGGAUCCCCGAAACCCCUCGCUACCUGAUCAACCACGGCAAAGCUGAGCAGGGUCUGAAGAAUCUAUGUCGGCUGCGGCAGCUGCCCGAGGACCACCCCUAUGUCCAGAUUGAAUACCGAGAGAUCUGCGCGCAGGUCGAGUCGGAACAAGAGGCCUUCCAGGGACACAGUUACUGGGUAGUGCUCAAGGACAUCUUUGGCAACAGGAGCAAUCUGCAGCGCUUUGUCCUCGCUGUUCUCCUGUUCCUCUUCCAUAAAUUGACUGGCACAGACUCGUUGAACUACUACGCCCCUCAGAUCUUCCAGCUCAUCGGAGUCCAGGGCGAUAACCUGUCACUCCUGACGACUGGUGUCUACGGGGCAGUCAAAGUGGCCGCCACCAUCUUUUACAUUGGAUACCUGGUGGACCGCGUCGGCCGUCGACUCCCGUUGCUUGUCGGAGCCACCAUCCAAGCGACGGCGAUGCUGUAUCUUGCGCUGUACCUCCGGUUUGCAGGCACCGACACCGCCGGAGAUGGGGGCACGCCUGCAGGGGGGAUCGUCGGGAUUGUCUGGAUCUACCUGUAUGCCUUUGGCUGGUCGUUCGGACACAGCGUCGCCUGUUACAUUGUGGCUGCGGAGAUCUUUCCGACUCGUAUUAGAUCGGUCUGUAUGGGCUUCUGCUUCUUCGUCAACUGGAUCGUCGACUAUGGAAUCACCCGUGCGACCCCCAACAUGAUCACCACGAUGGGCUACGGAGCCUUCCUGCUAUACGCGCUCUUGACAUACCUUGGAGUGGUCUUCAUCUACUUUUGUCUGCCCGAGUUGAAGGGUCGCUCGAUUGAAAGUAUGGACGACCUGUUCCAGCGGCCGCUCUGGACCAUGUGGAAGCACGCGUACCCCACCGAGGAGGAAAUGGUUCGACACGGAGUGAGAGAAGAUCUGGAUCAGAAAGGUGUGGAGGACGACGAGAAUGCGAAGAGGCGCGAUAGCCGUGCGGUGCAUGUCGAGUCCAUUGCGUAG